UUUGGUUACAGACAGAGUUAAGAAAUUGGGCCAAUACAUCGGACCGACACAAAGGCUGUAACAUAGGAAUGUUUUUGUUAGAAAUGGAAAGUAACAGCAGAUGUUUCCAACUAAUUCCGUUGAUUGUUUAAUGUUAUAAAAGCAACACAUAUUUUACGGCCUUAUAGUUUAGCGCAGCUAUUUUUGACAUUCCAUUUAUUUUUGUUAUUUACACCAGAUAAAACACUUAUCAGUGUUUGUCAACUGGUCAACUGUUUUCAUUUCAAUUAGAGAAUAUCUUACUAAACUUGUUCUCAUCACUGAUAUAGUGUCAAUAUUUCCUUAAUAAUUAGCUGAGAAACAUACACCCACGAUGACUGAUGUUGCAGAAACAAAGUUGUGUGGCAAUUGCAAGAAGCAGAUAUCUGCCAACAACUUCGUCAUGCAUGAAAUGCACUGUAGGCGACACAUUGGUCUCUGCGAGUACUGCAAAGAGCCGUUUCCAAGAAACGAAAUGGAGGCACACUUUCAAGAAAGCCAUGCAAAGAUUAAAUGUCCAAAAUGCCAAGUGGAAGUUGAAGUCAUGCAUUUAGAGGAUCAUGAGGAAAAUGAUUGUGAAAAAAAGCCAAUGAAAUGUGUGUAUUGUGAGCUAGAUUUUCCCAAGAGCGACUUGAAUACGCACUUGGAUUAUUGUGGGAGCCGUACAGAACCUUGCCAUAAAUGUGGAGCUUUCAUCAUGCUUCGAGAUCAACAGAAGCACAGUGAGCUUGCAUGUAACAAACCCACUCCGCCUUUAUCCAAUAACAAUAGGCCAGAUGCAGCAGACAAGCCAAGACCUAUCAGGUUCAGUGGUAUGGACAAUGACAUUGGAAUAAGUCCUAACAGAAUUGCUGAGAUCUCAAACGUAUUUGGCAAUAAGGGUCUGCAAGCUGCUGGGGCAUCAAAUGUUGGAAGGGACUUUCUAGCUCGUGAUAAGGUGUCUUCCAAACCAGUCAAAGUAACAAACCUAAAGACCCACCAGAAAGUAAAGAACAUUAAGAGUGCUGCAGACAAUGAGUAUGACCGCAUGUUGGCCAUGCAGCUGGCCAAUGAUAUGAACACCACCCAGGACAUGGAGGGCAUUGUGGAGGCAUUCGGAAAACACCAGUCUCCAGAUGCAGCAUUGGAUGACGCAUUGGUGGACAGAUAUGAUGUGAACAUGUACAAUGAUGAUGCUGUGACAAUCCCGUGUGAGUUUUGUGGUCAGCUCUGCACCAUGGAUGACCUUAUUCAGCAUCAGAGCGGUUGUUCCCUUGAUCGCAUCAGCUCUGUGAUGAGGAGGACAUCGGCCGGUGCAUUGAACAACCAGAGAGACGAGUCAAACAACCCGAAUGCAGCAAUUGGAGCUAACCAGGAUGUGGCAGUGUACAGGGACAUCAUGUCCCCCCUUGUCCAGCCCAGUGUCAUUGACAACCUGAGGGACUUCCAUCGCAAUGAGUGGCGUGAAGUAGCAGACGUGUAUUCUGGGGACCAGGAGCCAUUUGACCCAGACUAUAGUGACAUGUUGAUGCUGCCAUGUGAGUUUUGUGAUGAACAGUUCCCCAUGGAUAUGCUUAUAAUGCACCAGGCUGUGUGUGAGCACAACCGGUCCAUGACACCUGCUGCUGUCACCAGGUCACCUCCUAAGCCCAAGACUAGUAUCACCAGUGCUCAAAGACUUACCUCAGAGUUCCCAAAUCUCAGAGUGCUGCAACCAAAGCCUUCCAAUGUGCUCGCCCACAACCUUGAUAACAGUGAUGAUGACAGCAGCCCAUUCGUUAUGGCAACAAAGCCCAGGGAACCCCACAAGGUGCAAAAGCCCACGCCUUCCCUGGCCGGUAAUGGUGCUAGAGGGUCCUCAAAGCUGUCUAAUGUUCCCCCCGGGGAGGUGACCCGGGCAAUACUGAAGAAGUAUGGAGCCGAGGCCACUGACAGGGGAGACUUCUAUACGAGGAAAGGAGCCUCUUCAACAAACGGUGAUACAUCCAAAGACAGUGGUCGGAAUUCUUCAAAUUCUAACCUGGCUGAGGGGCAGGGUAAGCGUGGUACUGGUGCCUCCAGGACCAGGAGUACCCUGGACAACCUAAUGCAAGACCCCAGAGACUUGGCAGGAUCUGCACAUGACCUGCUGGGUCAUAUAGGGACUGUGCCUAGGAGAACUGAACCUGCCCGACAGCCAGGAUCCAUGUCUACAAAUGCUAGAGUUUCAACCAAGAGCUCCAGUUCAGUUCCUGAGGUCCAGAGACGGGCACCAGUAAAUGAGAACAGUAUACCAGGGAUUGCCAAGAACAGGACUGGACGUCCAGGUGUUGAAGUGCGAGUGAGGCCCAGCAUAGCAGACCAGCCAUCUGAUCUGGUAUCACAACCCAGGACCAGGGCCAACAUGUUUGGAGCAGCCGGCAAAGCUACAACAGUGACUAAUAGGAAAAGAAGUGAUCAGUUAUAGCUGGUGUUGUCAAGACAAUCUACUGUGUUUCUGUGAUAACUCUUCUGUGAUUGCCAGUUUUGCUCUGCUGUACCGAAUGAGUUUAGAUUGCAUGUGUGUAUCUCUGUUGCCUCAUACUCCACCAUGAAAUGUAACAUGUGUUCAAAGAAAGUACACUUCUUGGUGAAAUCUGCAACCAGCUCAGAGGAAAAAUAAUCGAAGAAGAUAUUAUGUGAUGCAUAUCAUUCAGCUCAUUAUCUCUGUUUAUUAAAAGGAGAUACCGUUGCUUGUUGAAUGAAAUAUUUUUAAAAUGGUUGAAGAAAGUUACCAAAUGAUUUUUGUAUAUUUAUGGAAGGAACUCGGUUACAAUUCAAAUCAAUGUUUCUUUUUUAUUCCUUAAUUUGAAGGAAUUUUAAAAUUACUUAAAUGUCUCAAAGGUGAUAUAAACACCUUGUUUUGAGUUAUACAAUUACAUCUUUUAGAGGAGAUAGGAAAUAACUUUUAAUAUAAAGAAAUCACUUUGAUAGAAAGAAUGUGUGAAGCAAUAUUCUUAUAUUUUCUUUAAGAAGAAUUCUCCUACAGUUGAUCAUGAUAUCUUUGAGUUAGCUGUGUUUUCAACUGUUGGAAGUUUAAGAUGUAUGUAAAAGUAUGUAAAGAGGGAUAAGAUAACUUCUGAUUUAGAAUUCACACGGGAAUUCAUUUCAUUCAGAAAAGCACAAUAUUUCAGUUUGUUGUGUUUGAUGAUGCAAAUUUGUGGGCAGAAAUUUGAUGACUGACAUGACAUGUUUUUUACACCUCACGUGAGCAUAAUGAUGGUUAUUUGUUAGCUUUUGUGAUCAACUUUUGUAUGUUGUCAAUUGUCAACAUUAACAAUGUAAAAAGGGAAAUUAAUUGUCAUGAAAACUUGCUCAGAACAUUUGUACUCAAGAUAUGUUUACUGAGUUUGAAAAUGGUCUGUUGAAAAUCAUGGGUGCCAGUUUUCUAUAUCAAGCUAUAGUAAAAUUGUGUUAACUCCCCAAAGUAAUAUUUGUGUCCAAUCUCCUUGAAAGAUGCCUUAGAACAGUUGUGGUAGGACUAAGGUAGUCCUGCAGCGCCCAGCGUUGUGUGUUGUCAACAAUUUGCUUCAAACAACAUCUUCUUAACUGUUUGGAGGAAUUUACAAAGCUUAACAGGAAUAGAUCUUGGGUGACCCUCUAUCAAAGUUGUUUAAAUUGCUCUGCAGCCAAUUGUAUAAACAGUGGUUUAAAUUUACUGUGGUAAUUUGAUUACCGCAGUAAUUUGCAUGGUUAGGUUACCGCCGUUUAUUUUCAUUUGUAUAAACGAUGGUUACUGCGCGGUUACCUAACCAUUGAAAUUUGUCAACUUACCGCAGUAAAAUUACCAACAAUGCAAUACCGGUACUUAACAUGAUGUCAUUUUCGCGCAAAUUGUAAAUUUGACAGCCGACGCUUUUGCAAAAUGGAAAAUGUCAACAAAAGAGCGAAAGCUUUUAACGAGCGCGAAAUCGAAGUAAUGACAGAUUACAUGAAAUUGAAUAUUCACAAGCUUAGAAUGAAUCAUGGCUCGGGCGGUCCGGGCAUGGUUGCUCGAGUCUGUGAGAUCUGGGACGAACUUUUAGCUGGUGUAAACGCAUGCGGAAACGGACCGAGGACACUACAACAAAUCAAGGAAAAGUGGAGGAACAUGGUAAAUAUAGAAUAAGUAUUUCUUUUAUUAGAAAUUUACAUAAAAUAUACACCAUUUCCAAUUAUGCGAGUGAAAUUGAUUUAACGUACGACAAAAUUAAGCGAGCACUAAGGGAUAUUUCGAACGGUGGUGGGCUCAAACCCUCGACUGCCGUAGUAACGACACGUUUUUUUUUUCAUUUGAGCUAACAUCUCACACACGGGUGGCGCAAGCUACAAUUCAUAGAUUUCUAAUUCUAAAUAAUGAAAUAUGAACUACGUCAGUACGUGUUUUGGAUAAGAUUCCAUGGAUUUAAAAAUUAAUGCAGUUUUUCCUGGACAUCAAUAAUACAAAUUGGCUUACCGUCUCUGUCACAAGUUGCCUGUACGUUGAUCGAGUGAUAGUGUUUCCUGUUGACGUACGCUGCUUCGUCGGGCUGCCCGGGUGAUAGAAGACGGAUGUGGGUUCCGUCUAUACAACCAAUGACAGAAGGGAAUCCCCAAACCCGGAAGAAGUCAUUAGUCGCUCGGCGUCGGUCUUCGUCGCUGGUUGGAAAUUUAAUGAAACGGUCCUUCAGUCCGAAAAUAGCGUCAACGACAGCGGUGAUAACCCGAGAAACAGUAGCUAUGUCAACGCCGAAGGUGUCACCGAUAACCUGAAGAAAAUUCCCAGUAGCCAAGAAUCGAAGAGUUAUAAGUAUCUGCUGCCGUGUUGACAGAGACCUGUUUUGUCGCGUCUGUCGUCGUAAAAUAGGGUCCGAGACGUCGACAAGUCGGUCAAGGCUCUGGGCAGAAAACCUAUACCUUCGGCACAGUUCGUCGUCAUCAAGUCCAUUCGUUUGUAAGUCAAUUCGUCGAAAUCGUCGCUGUCGUCUGUGUCUAAAAAAAAGUACGUCCGCCAUGUUGGUCAGUAGUCCGUGUGGUAACCAGCGUCUAACCAGCUCAUAGAGGUGGGUUACAAAUCACCGCGGUAAUAGAGCGGUUACUGGCAACGUCGUUUUUUAUACAAACCGCCGAGACGCGGUAACCACAGCGGUUACUGCGAUAUUUCGGUUACCUUGUGGUUAAAUUGUUUAUACAAUCGGCUGCUGGUGUGCUGCAUAUGAAAUUCAGCUGAGCUAAACAUCAACUUUAAAAAAGGAAAUUAAAAAAAAAUCUUCUACUUUGAAAAUGCAAGGCUCAGAGGUUUCAUAUUUGGUGUGUUUGUCUUGUCGUACUCUAUGAAUAUUGUUCUAAUUAUGUACCUGGGGUCAAAACUUGCCAUGUCCCAGGGGUCACAUGAUUAAUACUUAUAUAUAAAAUAGCUUUAUAUAUCUUUUUCUCUGAGAUGCUUCAUAUUUGGUGUGUAACAUUGUCUAGUGCUCCUCUAAAAACAUUUUCAAAUAAUGCAUAUGGGGUCAGAAAUGAACACGCCCCAAGGGCCAUAUGAUUUAUGUAGACUUAUGUAUUAAAUAUUGACAAAUCGUCUUUUCAAAAACUGCAAUGCUCAAAGAUUUAUCUUGGUAUGUUUAGCAUCAUCUAGUGAUCCUCUACACAAAUUAUUCAAAUCAUGGUCCUAAGAUCAAAACUGGCCUUGCCUCGUGGGGUACAAGAGUUAAAUAGACUUAAUAAGUUAUAACUUUAAAUAAAAUCUCAUUUUAUUUAUAGAACUUAAUAUUUGCUGUGUAAAAUUGUGUACUGUUUAUGGCCCUAAGGUCAAAACUUGCCUUAUACCUAGGUGGAAUUCUGCAACCUAGUUUAUGUGUCAAUUCAGAAUAUGCACACUGAAGUUAUUGCCAGCAAGAACCAAUAUGAUAUUUUACAAACCAUCAUGUAAUAGUGUACAUACCUGUAAUUUAUGCCUGAUGCAAAUACCUUUAAUCACUGUGCCUUGUAUCUGUGAUGAACAAGUCUAACAUGUGAUAUGCUUUUUAAGAUUAUCUUUUUCAUGUUGCAUGAUUACCUGAGUCCUGAUGCUUUAAGUGAAUAUCCACAAUUGGUAAAACAUGUAAACUGUAUGGAUAGUGCAUUUUCAAACAUUUUUAAAAUUGUUAAAAGUAUACAUUUUUACUGUUUUCAGUUGUUGCACUUUAAUUAUCUACUAUUACUAUUAAUCUGAGUAUCUGGUGGUAGUUUUGUCUAUAUAACCAACAAAAUUUGGUAUUUGUAUCAUUAUUGUAUGUUGUUGUUAUUACUUAAAGUAAAAUGCAUUUAAAACGAGAAACACAAUGCGUUCUUUUAACUUGAAUAUGAUCACUGAACAUCAUUAUCAUAUUUCAGGUCCCAGCUGGCACUUGAUUUGCGACAGAUGUAACUAUUUACUAAGUAGGUGCUUGCUUUUAUUAUUCACUGGUAAAAAAUGAUUUUUAUAAGACAUCAUAAAAAAAGAGGGGAAACCCAAAAUCAAUGGUCAAUCAAGAGUAUCAUCUUUACCAGUCUAGAAGAAAACGACAUUGAAAAUAAACGCCAAUUCAAUCUAAAGCAGCCAGUGUCAAACUGGAAUGCCCUGUACAUGUUCUGAAACUGAUGCAAUGUUUGAAGAGGAGAGUGGAGAAGGCAACGACUCUUACUCUUUAGGCCUUCAGAGCAGUCCAGACUAAUCUUACCAGAAACUUCCAAGAUGCCGGUCAGAUUUAUCAAAGAAAACCAAGCAGUUCUUCCUGGAGUGACAGAUGUGCCAGAUGGAGGUUGCACCGGCAGCACUUCCGAUAGGUUGAUAAAGAUUUUAAGUCGGCAAGCAAUCUGUCAAGCGAACGUGGUGUCACCACUCAGAGCAACACCUCCCUGAAUGCAAACUGAAGGUACAGACGACUAAAGGAAACAGAGCAUCAUUGAUAGAAGCAAAAAUCUUACGAGGCACACAAUUGCACCAUUGGCACAAAAUGCCUGGUGGCUCAGAGUUAAUAUCUGAGGGCCAUGCUUCGCCAGGACUGGCACAACGAGCAAUACUAGGAAUUGCACCAUGAAGAGGGCGGACCAAGACUUGAGACGUCAAAAUCAUUGUGCAAGUCACGCUCCAAGCGGCAGAGCACGAGGAACCAAAGCACCGAUUCAGGAAAGCAUAGCAGAUGACAUGAAUUGCUUUCCAAAAACAUUUCCGUGCCAAGAGAGGGAGUAUUGAAAUACAACAGAGUGGGCGAUAAAAACAUAAAGCUGCCUUCUACAAAAUAAAUCUCAAUCAAUACUUUGGACCGUAUCGAAAAUCGUUUCAAGGACAGAUUUUGAUCCCAUGAUAUCGUGAAUUCUGGUGAAUCUUUAUUUUACUGAAUAAAUAACACAAAAUAGUUUUAUUACACUCGCAAAUGAGCAAUGACAGACUGAAUAAAUAACACAAAUACUACUUGUUUGAUUACACUCGCAAUAGUUCAAUUACACAGACACUAAAUUAUAUUGUGCCAUUCUACUAUACUUCCAUCGACUGUUCCUUGUUGGUAAUAUUUUGUUUACAAAAAUAACAAAAAAUGCAUUUUCAAAUUUUUCUCAGCCAGGAGAAUGUUGUGAUUUUGACAGGGCAUCGACAACAGCGCAAAUGUUUACAUUCUGCAGACUUCAUCAUAAUUUGUAUUGUGUUUUUAGCUCACCUGAGCACAAUGUGCUCAUGGUGAGCUUUUGUGAUCGCCUUUUGUCCGUCAAUCUGCAUCAACAUUUGCCUUGUUAACACUCUAGAGGCCACAUUUAUUGUCCAAUCUUCAUGAAAUUUGGUCAGAAGAUUCAUCCCCCAAUAAUGUCUUGGACGAGUUUGAAAAUUAUCCCAGUUGCUUUAAAACCAUGGCAGGGUAUUUUUCCUUAUAUGGCUUUAGUAAAACCUUGUGAACACUAUAGAGGCCACAUUUAUUUCCGAUAUUCAUGAAACUUGGUCAGAAAAUGUGUCCCAAUUAUAUCUUGGACGAGUUAGAAAAUGGUUUCGGUUGAUUUAAAUAUAUUACCACAAAGGGGGCGUGGCAUUUUUCCCUACAUGUAUAGCUAUAGUAAACCUUGUUAACACUCUGGAGGCCCCAUUUAUUGUCCGAUCAUCAUGAAACUUGGUCAGAAGAUUUUUCCCAAUGAUAUCUUGGACAAGUUCAAAAAUGGUUCUGGUUGAUUGAAAAACAUGGCCACCAGGGGACAGGGCAUUUUUUCUUAUAUGCUGCCUAUGGCUUUCGUAAAACAUUGUUAACACUCUAGGGGCCACAUUUAUUGUCCGAUCUUCAUGAAACUUGGUCAGAAGAUUUAUUCAAAUGAUAUUUUGGAUGAGUUCAAAAAUGGUUCCGGUUGGCUGAAAAACAUGGCCAUCAGGGGGCGUGUCAUUUUUCCUUAUAUGGCUAUAGUAAAACACUAUAUAGAGGCCACAUUUAUUGUCUGAUCUUCAUGAAUUUGGUCAGAAGAUUUGUCCCAAUUAUAUCUUGGACAAAUUAAAAAACUGUUCCAGGUGGUUGAAAAACAUGGCCACCAGGGGGCGGGGGAAUUUUCCUUAUAUGGCUAUUGUAAAAACUUGUUAACACUCUUAAAAGUUACAUUUAUUUUCCAAUCUUCAUGAAACUUGGUCAGAACAUUUGUUGUAAUGAUACCUUGGAUGUGUACGAAAAUGGUUCCUGUCUGUUGAAAAACGUGGCUGCCAGGGUGUUCACUAUUCAUGAAAGUAGGUAAGAACAUAUGUUCUUAUGACAUCUUUGGCUGCACAGGUCAGUUCCUUUGAAUCUCAGGCGAGCGACUUUGGGACUUUUAGGCCCUCUUGUUUUAUUAUUGUCAGUUGUUCAUUUGAAACGUUAGUAAAAGGACUAACCUGUAUUGUGCUUCUCAUUACUUUAACAACCAAACUACAAUUAUAUUGCAAUAUCUGACACACA